AUGAAUUCACAAAAAUGUAAAUUAUGUAAACCAGGAACAUUUAGUUUGGGUGACCGUGUUCGUUAUGAAGAAUUUGAAUUAACAAAAUUACCAGAAGGUUUUUCUAUUGAAAAUUCCCCGGAUGAAUCUUUUGGGGGAAGAACAAUUAAAUGUGGAGGGGGAGGUUGGAGUAUUGAAGGGAAUCAAUUACGCUAUAGCUGGACACCUUGUGUUUCUACUUUAAGUAUUUCUCUACACUUAACUAGACCCGGAUUUGCUGAAUUUCAAUAUCAAGUAUCUAGAGAGAGUAAAGGGUUAAUUCAAAUGUUACAAGUUCGGAAUGCACAAUGCCAAAGUUACGGAAAUUCAAAAUCGUUAUUACUUUCACAACAAAAACAUUUAAAUAAAGAAAAUAAUAAUGAAAAAGUUAAUCAACAAGAAGGGGCUGAUAUUCGAGUACAAAGAUUAUCUCUUAGAAGAGGACAAAAUUUAAUUACUUGGACUGUAGCUGUAAAUCCAGUUCUUAGUUCGAGGAUGGAAAUGAUUAGAAUUAUUAGAAUUGAUAUUUCUGGACUUGCAUUUGCACCUGAAUGUUCAUUAUGUCCAGAAGGAACCUUUUCUUCUGUUCAUGGUGCUCAACAUUGUGAAGUUUGUGGUGAAAAUGAAUUUGCCCAGAAAGGGGCAACACAAUGUCAACAAUGUCCACCAAAUAUGUGGGCAGGUAAUUGA